CGAGCGCUAUAAAGCCCGGCGCCUCGCCGUGCUCACCACGCCGCGUCGCCAGCAGGAGCUCACCGGCGCCUGGGCUGCUGACUGAGGCGUGCUAGGAUUCCAGAAGUGGAGAAGGAGGCAAGAUGAAGACUCUCCUGCUGUUGGUGGGGCUGCUGCUGACCUGGGAGAAUGGACAGGUGCUGGGAGACAAGGCAGUCUCAGACAGAGAGCUCCAGGAAAUGUCCACCCAGGGGAGUAACUACAUUAAUAAGGAAAUUAAAAAUGCCCUCAAGGGGGUGAAACAGAUAAAGACCCUAAUAGAACAAACAAACGAAGAGCGCAAAUCACUGCUGGGCACCUUAGAGGAAGCCAAGAAGAAGAAAGAGGAUGCCCUAAGUGAGACCAAGGAUUCUGAAACGAAGCUGAAGGAGUCCCAAGGGGUGUGCAAUGAGACCAUGGCGGCCCUCUGGGAGGAGUGUAAGCCCUGCCUGAAGCAGACCUGCAUGAAGUUCUACGCGCGUGUCUGCAGAAGCGGCUCAGGGCUGGUUGGCCACCAGCUCGAGGAGUUCCUGAACCAGAGCUCUCCCUUCUACUUCUGGAUUAACGGUGACCGCAUUGACUCGCUGCUGGAGAACGACCGGCAGCAGACCCACGUGAUGGACGUCAUGCAGGACAGCUUCAACCGGGCGUCCAGCAUCAUGGACGAACUGUUCCAGGACAGGUUCUUCGCCCGUGAGCCCCAGGAUGGUUACUACUACUCGCACUUCGGCCCGUCCCGUAGGGGUUCUCUCUUCUUCAACCCCAAGUCCCGCUUCGCGCGGCACAUAAUGCCUUUCCCUUUGUUCCACCGCCUGAACUUCCAGGACAUGUUCCAGCCCUUCUUCGACAUGAUCCACCAGGCCCAACAGGCCAUGGAUGUCCACCUUCACAGUCUGCCCGACCAGCUCCCCAUGACAGAAAUCCCAGGAGAAGACAACCAUGACCGUGCCGUGUGCAAGGAGAUCCGUCACAACUCCACGGGGUGCCUGAGGAUGAAAGACCAGUGUGAGAAGUGCCAGGAGAUCUUGUCAGUGGACUGUUCGACCAACAACCCCUUGCAGAUGCAGCUGCGGCAGGAGCUGAACAACUCCCUCCAGCUUGCCGAGAAGUUCACCAAGCUGUACGACGAGCUGCUCCAGUCGUACCAGCAGAAGAUGCUCAAUACCUCCUCCCUGCUGAAGCAGCUGAACGAGCAGUUCAACUGGGUGUCCCAGCUGGCCAACCUCACCCAAGGAGAGGACCAGUACUAUCUCCAGGUCACCACGGUGGCUUCCCACAAUUCCGACUCCGACGUUCCCUCUGGCCUCACGAAGGUGGUUGUGAAGCUCUUUGAUUCCAACCCCAUCACUGUGACGGUCCCAGAAGUAGUCUCCAGGAACAAUCCUGAAUUUAUGGAGACUGUGGCAGAGAAAGCUCUGAAGGAAUACCGCCAAAAGCACUGGGCGGAGUGAGAUGUGAACAUCGCUAUUCCAAGUACGGGGGCGUCUGAGUCCAGUUGCCCCCGAGAUGAGCCACAAGCCCCUAGAGAGAGUUCUGCAUGUCACAAGUGACCAGGCCCUGGCCUCAAGGCCUCCUGACCCCCAGCCUCUCCUCCCUCUGGGUUCCACCCUCUAAUGCCUGCGUUUGCUGAUGACGGGAGGAAUUCCCCCGCACGCCACUAACACAAUAAACCGCCUUGUAAUCUG